AUGGCCAACGCACACGCUCUUCCCCCCGUCACACCGCUUGAAUUACAUGGCCGCGGUUUACUGCUCACCCGGCAGUCACCCGCCCGACGCGGCCGAGCAGACGAAGAGAAAGAUGAAAAAGAACCAGGUGCGUCUGGUGAAUCAACUGUUUUUGGAACUGACAACGGCAAACAACAUGAUAGGGACAAGUACAAAUCCAACAGAACACACGGCUACAUCCGAAUGAUUCCUUGCAAAUCCGUGUGGAAGCGACCCGACAGAGAGAAGAUAGAGAAGAAAAGAAGAGAAAAAGGGGGGAAAGAAACAGCCACAGGCCGCUAUCGCAUGAACUCCUUGACCGAUGGACUCAUUGGUCCUGCACACGCAUUCCACAAGGGCGCAUAUUCAAACAUUUAG